UAAUCCAGUGCUCACCCCCAGCAGAAGGCCAGCGGCAGAGCAGCUCAGACCUCAGCCAGCGGAGCUCAGAGAUGGAGCUCUGGAGCUCUGCAGCGGCAUCACAGAACCAGUGAUUGAAACGCAACACAUCCACCGAAGAGCUCACUCUGCGGACCCUCCGACGAUACUCUAAUCUAGCGGCUCUCCCCUUGACUAGUACUGGAGGAGGCAGACUGAACUCCGAGGUAAAAGACCGCCCUGAAAAAAAUUCUGUUCUCCAGGAAAACCACCGCAUCUGUAGAAGAGUAACACUCUCUCUACUCGGGACUUCAAAAGGAAAACCAACCAACCAACCAACCAACCAACCAACCAACCGACCAACAGACCAACCAACCGAUCAACUAACCGACCGACCAACCCACCACCAACCAACCGACCAACCGACCAACAAACCAACAAACCAACAGACCAACCAACCAACCAACCAACCGAUCAACCGAUCAACCGAUCAACCAACCGACCGACCACCCACCAACGCUGGCGUUGGCGCGUUGUCAUGCCGAUCACGGUGUACAACGUGUCGGCCACGACGGCGCGCGUGCGCUGGCCGGCGUACGGCGGCUGCCGGGACACCUUCUACAGCAUGAUGUACGACCCCCACUGGAGCAGCCUGGAGGUGGGCUACAAGCGCAAGCGCUUCAAGCACGAGGAGCGCAUCCCCGCCAGCCGCACCGGCGCCGACGUGGUCAACCUCCUGCCCAACACCGCCUACUUCCUGUGCGUGACGUGCCAGGCGGCCAACCCCAUCAAGGACCAGUGUCAGAUCUUCUCCACGCUGGGCGGUGACUCCCCGGGGGGAGGCGGCGGCGGCUGGGAGACGGCGAUGGGUCUCUGGAUGGCCAGCAGCCUCCUGCUGCUCCUCGUCUCCGGCGUGCUGCUGUGGGGCUGCCUGCACAACGUCUGCCCCCUCCCCCACCACGGACACCGCCGCGGCCACGGCCCCGCCAACGGCCGGCCGGACACGCCCGGGUUUAUCUACGGCGCGGGGGGCGGAGCCAACGGCGGGGCCGGCGAGGACGACGUCGCCGCCAAGCGCGCCACGGUGAUCCUGAACCCGCUGUUCGGGUCCCUGGGCGUGCGGGGGUCCCGGGGCGUGGUGUUGGAGCGCGGGGGCCAGCCCCUCCAUCAGCAGGAGAUCAGAGGCUUCACUAAGCUGUCUGGCUGCGAGCCGGUGUGACCUCCGCUGCAAUGAGGUCACGGCUUUAUCCCUCGACACUCCUUAUUUGGACGUAGCCACAGAGUACGGGGUCAUAUGUUAAUAUUCAUCCCGUGUCAUAAUAUUUAUAAAUCUCUCCAGCGUGUCGCAAUGGUAAUACCGCCCAUCUAUGUGGUUACAUAAUAUGGUAAUUCUCUCGAGCCGUCCAUCCAUUCAUUGUGACAUGGAAUGUAAGUAUGUAUCCAGUGAUAUCUGCAUCCGUCCAUCUGGGUCAUCAUUUUUAAAUAUGUCUUUUUAUGUUUCUUUCUUUCUAUCUAUCUAUCUAUCUAUCUAUCUAUCUAUCUAUCUAUCUAUCUAUCUAUCUAUCUAUCUAUCUAUCUAUCUAUCUAUCUAU